CCCCGCCCCCGCCCACUCCACUACCAACACCAGCCACUGACAGCUGCGGCAAUGUUCUCUCCCGACCAGGAAAACAUCUCCACCACCCCGGCCUCCACCAAAGUGCCAGUCAAAUACGGAGAGCUUAUUGUGUUGGGGUACAAUGGCUCCCUACCCAACGGGGACCGGGGGAGACGGAAAAGCCGCUUUGCUUUGUGCCGGAGACCCAAAGCCAGCGGGGUGAAGCCCAGCACAGUGCACGUGGCAUGCACGCCCCAGGCAGCCAAGGCCAUCAGCAAUAAGGACCAGCACAGCAUCUCCUACACCCUGUCCCGGGCCCAGACGGUGGUGGUGGAGUACACUCUGGACAGCAGCACAGACAUGUUCCAGAUUGGUCGUUCGACAGAGAGCCCCAUAGACUUUGUGGUUACAGACACAGUGCCUGGUGGUCAGCAGGGCCCCGGCGGAGACGGCCAGACCCAGUCGGUCCAGAGCACCAUCUCGCGCUUCGCCUGCCGGAUCAUCUGCCAGCGAAGCCCGCCGUACACCGCACGCAUAUACGCCGCCGGCUUCGACUCCUCCAAGAACAUCUUCCUGGGGGAGAAAGCGGCUAAAUGGACGACGCGGGACGGUCAGAUGGACGGACUGACCACUAACGGUGUGCUGGUGAUGCACCCUCGCCACGGCUUCACGCAGGACUCCAAGCCGGGAGUGUGGAGAGAGAUCUCCGUCUGUGGCGACGUCUUCACCCUCCGAGAGACGCGCUCGGCUCAGCAACGGGGCAAAAUGGUGGAGAGCGAGAGCCAGGAGCUGGUGGAUGGCUCACUCAUCGACCUGUGCGGUGCCACCCUCCUUUGGCGCACGGCCGAGGGGCUUUCGCGCACACCGACCGUCAAGCACCUGGAGGCCCUGCGGCAGGAGCUGAAUGCCGGGCGCCCCCAGUGCCCCGUGGGCUUCAACACGCUGGCUUUCCCCAGCCUCCGCCGCAAGGAGGUGCUGGACGAGAAACAGCCCUGGGCCUACCUCCGAUGCGGCCACGUGCACGGUUACCACGGCUGGGGGGGCCCGGGCCGGGAGCCCGAGGACGAGGCGGUGGAGCUGGGCCGGGAGAGGGAGUGCCCCAUGUGCCGGGCCCGGGGGCCGUACGUGCCCCUGUGGCUCGGCUGCGAGGCGGGGUUCUACCUGGACGCGGCGCCGCCGACGCACGCCUUCAGUCCCUGCGGUCACGUGUGCUCGGAGAAGACCGCGGCGUUCUGGAGCCAGAUACCGCUGCCGCACGGCACGCACACGUUUCACGCCGCCUGUCCGUUCUGCGUCCAGCAGCUGGUCGGCGAGAGCGGCUACGUGAGACUGAUUUUCCAAGGGCCGCUGGACUGAACCGCAUGCCACGCGCCUCCUCAUGAACCGCUACUGACACCUCAGAAAUGUGAGGCCUGUGCUCGUGAGGGAGCUUAGGGCCGGUUUCACCGAUGCCGGUUUCACCGAGUCCCGGACUGAGAAAUCUCCACUCACCUGGAUUUUCAGAAGCAGGACUAGCGUUGAUCGGGGUCUGUGAAACCGGACCUAAAUGUUUAACAGUGUUGUGCAGCAGGUCAUGAAACAGAGGGCGGUUCAUACCCGUUUUCAACCUUUUCUUUUUCUCGGUUCGGUGCCUAAUGAACAGCACCCACUGUCACUCCACUGGAGGAAAAAUGCGUAAAGACUGUUGAAAUUUUUUCGAACUUUACAUUUUAUUUCGGAGAGCUCUGUAAUACUUUUUUGCUUCUCUCAUUUCAAGUGACCUUUCCGCUCGCGGUGCAUUUUUCAGUAUAAUUAUAUUUUCAUGUUAACAGUGACAUAAGUGCUGCAAUACUAACCAACCCAGAGGUCUGUCAGGGAAACCUUUUCGAAGUGCACAUUUUAAAUUUUGUCAUGACAAAAACAUUGUGCGCGUGUUCGCGUGCCUGCGGGUGUGUAUGUGUGCGUGGCUUGAUGUUUGUAAUCAUAUCUUUUUCUAUUAGAAAUGUAUGAGGCAAUUGUAGCAAAAAAAUCUGACAGACUUGGACCAAAAAGUGAUUAUGGCAUUUCUUACCAGCCCAUUGUUCUCCCACAAUGGCCCAUAUUACUCCAAAAAGCCAUCAUUAUACAAAAAAACGAAUCCAAAUGUAAUGUACAUUUUCAGACAUUUGUUUAUGCUUUAUUGGAAAGUAAAAUGAAAGAGCAGUGGUCUGAAUUUAGACUCAUGCAGAGCAACAGAGGCAGCAGCCUAGUCCGCUGGACCACGCUAGGCCACAUGACCCCCGUUAUAAACAGAAAGGGUUAACAAAAUAUCUGUACUUUUACUCAGCGACAAAAUGACAACAUAUUACAUUAAACUAAGCUAAAAAAAAGAUUGUCUGUGACUGAUGACCAGUCAGACCUGUAAUGCUAGCUACAGUUUUGGUCAUGACAUCCUUUUUUUUUUAGAAGCGAAGACACUGUUGUGAACCUGCAUUAACAAUGUGUUCAAUGGCCGUAUAUAUAUUUUUACAUGAAUAACAACAUUUAUCUACUCCACAUUGUAUUAUUCACCACAUCAACCUGAAGGAAAUAGUGGCUUAAGCAGUGGAAGAAGUGCAUCAUGAAAAAAUGAUCACUUUGCUUUCUGUUUACCCUUCAGCCCUUUGUACAAGGACCAGAGAAACUGAAUCUAUAAAUUAGCUUUUGGAAACAUGUUUACAGUUACUUUUAUUUAAAUGUCUAUUUAGGCAAGCAGCUGAUCCAGUUGUGAAUUGAAGUGUGGCCCUGAACACAUACAAUUUGUUGUGUUCAAAAUGUUAUGAUUGUUUUCCUGUCAUACGUGUACCUGUAUUCAUUGUGUAUAUAGUAUUUAUGAUCAUGUUUGUAGGUAUUUUAAUUUCUCCACGUUUCUUUUACACUUCAAUUUUUUCCCCCCAAUUUGCUUAAUGUAAGAGCUCUUUACAUUUUUGACCAGCUGAGAGCAGGUGUUAGAGCAGUUCCAUGUUCAGUUUAGUAUUUACAGUUUUAUAUUCCCUUGAGAGCCUGAUUCCUUUAUACAGAAUGUUGAAAACUAUUUCCUAAAAAAUAAUUGGUUGCUGUUGCAGAUUGCAAACAAUAAAACUGCAAACAAUAAAAAUGUAAAGCUUUUAAAUUGUUCAUGCUUGUAUGAGUGAUCAGUGAUUUAUCUUUUUUUUUUUACCUAACCACUGUUGAAGUCUAAGAUAACCAAUCUGCACUGGAUUUUGAAAGAAAAUAAUGUUUUGGCCUAUGACACACAUUUAGUUUGGAUUGGCACUAUUGCUUUUACGUAAGCCUGAGAUAAGUGUUAAAUUCAAACCUGUCAUAGAAAUGUUUAUGCAUUGUCUAUGGCUAUGUUUACAGAGGCGGCCCAAUUGUGUUAUAUUGUUCAAUAAUUGGCAUUUCAACCAAUCACAUCAACUCUGAAAAAUAUCUCGUAAUAAGAUUGGUUCUCUGCAUACUGAUCUUGAAAAAUUACAGCAUGUCUGUAGGGGUCAACCUGGUUGGUUUCUAUACAGUACCCAAGAGACAAAUCUGUAUCUAAUAUCCUAUAUGCGUCAUUCUACGAAAUGGUUGCACUUUUACUUUGAAGAAGUUGUUUUUUAAAUACAUUUUAUUGGGCCUUUAGGUAUUUUGUUGGACAGAGGAUAUCCUUAACUGUAUCAAAAAUGAUGGUGCUACUUCAGCAUCCUAAGUCUUUUUUAAGUUAUUAUUAAAGGUUAUUGACACAA